GCGCACGUCUGUAUAUGAACUAGUGAUUUUAUUUCUUAUGCUAUACGUAAUUAUAUUUAUUACAAGGCCACGAUAAUUUACUUGACAUUCGUGUAAAGUUUAGUUUACGUUGGGCAAGUAUGCAAAGAGGUCUUACAGCAUAACUUUUUUUUUAAUAAUUUGAGUUUAAUUACCGGAAGUCAGUGCUUCUGUUUUAUUAAAGUUAAUAGCUGUGAAAAUGGACAAUUCGAAUCUAAGGCAAAGAAAGUUAAAAGAUGAUACCUCAGCUGCACAUAUCAAUGUUAGGAGUAGAACCAUAAAGCAUCCCAGAAGAUUGAAGAAAGUUUUUAUUUUCCUCAUUGUGUUGGCACUAUUUGUCACAUACUUUUUGGAUAGUUACAUAUCGUCGUAUUUCAAGUCAAGAAAAGUGCAAAAUGGAAAAUGGCAUGGUCACAUUAGGUUGUUCGCGGGGCAGUCACAAUGGCUGGACGGCCUCGCCAAGAGCUUGGGCUACGAGAGCGUGUUCCAUCACGCGGUCAUCAUCGACGCCGGCUCAUCGGGCUCCAGGGUGCUUGCUUAUAAGUUUAGGGUACCUUUUACAGUAUUCGGCCAAGCGAACUUGGAUCUAGUAGAUGAAUAUUUCGAGCAGUCAAAACCAGGUCUAUCCUCAUACGCUGAUGACCCAGACAAGGGUGCGGAAACGAUAGUCCAGUUAAUAAAGAAGGCGGAGUUCCUAACCCCGCCGGAGAAGCGGCGCACGACGCCGCUCAUCGUGCGCGCCACGGCCGGCCUGCGGCUGCUGCCCGCCGACAAGGCGCAGCAACUCAUAGACGCCGUCGCCAGAGCUAUCUCUAAGUUGGGCUAUGAUGUGGGCCCUGACGGCGUGAAGAUCAUGGACGGCUCGGACGAGGGCAUCUUCAUCUGGUACACAGUCAACUUGCUGCACAACCUGAUGGACGGCAACACGAUGGCUGCGCUGGACCUGGGCGGCGGCUCCACGCAGAUCACGUUCCAGCUGUCGGCGGCCGACAGCCCGCAGUACCCCGCCGCCGACCAGUACGUCGUGCCCGCCGGGACCAACGUCACGCUAUACACGCACAGCUACUUAAACCUGGGUCUGCUGGCGGCCCGCUACGGCGUGUUCCGUCAGGAGGCGGAGGACAGCGAGACAGACGAGUUCAGGUCCGUCUGCGUCGACCCCAUCGUGCAGCGAGAGCCCUGGACAUACGCCAACAAGAACUACGUCGUCAGCGGCGCAGCCCGCCUGGCGGGCACGUCGCGCACGGCCGCGUACUCGGCGUGCCAGCGCGCGGUGCGGCGCUACGUGCUGCGCACGCUGGACUGGGAGCCGCGCCGCGCGCCGCUCGGGCAGGUCGCCGCCAUGAGCUACUUCUACGACGUGGCCGCCGACGCCGGACUCAUAGACGUAAUGAAAGGCGGUAAAGUGUCAGUGAAAGCGUAUCGCACGAGUGCGGUCCGCGCGUGUUCCGCCGCCAACGUCGAGCAGCCGUGGGCCUGCCUCGACCUCGUGUACGUCGUGUCGCUGCUGCAGGACGCCUACAAGAUCUCUGAUGAUGAACCCAUCUCGUUAUUCAAGAAAGUGAACGGCCACGAAGUCUCCUGGGCGUUAGGGCUGGCCUACACCACCGUCAUGAACAAGAUUGUGAUCACGCCCUAACCACGUGACGAACCCUGUGACGUCACACUCGUAGCGAACAAACUGCUACGGACUGGAUACUACUCACUCAAACAGAUUCGUGUCAUGUAGUGUCAAUAAUACAUUAAAAUAAUUGUAUUUUAAGUAAAUCAGAUGUAUCUUAAAUAAAUAAACUGUCUGUAAAGAGUUUUGUACAUAAAAAACUAGCAUUUAUUUGUAGUACUUGUUAUUCGGCUAAAUCCAGUCCGUAUCAGUUUCGAAGUGAAGUGAUUUGAGCUGCAAACAUUACCUCUUUGGUACCACUGUAUGUGAUAUAAAUAAUAUGUAUUAUAGUAUUUUUUAUUAUUUCUGUCUAUUCCACAAUAUUUGUAAAUAAUAUUUGCUGAAAGCUGAUAUUAUAUUUUCUAUAUGGCAAUAGUUUGAUGCACUUAAACGUAUAGGAGUACGAUUUUUAUUAUGGUUGCCAAUUAGAAAAUGUUCGAAUUUAUGUCGUGAUUGUGGGUCUGUCUAUGGUCGAUCAACCAUAGACAGCCUUUGCGGAUGAGUGACUGUUUUUAAGAUAUUAUUAUAAACUGGACCUUUGCUGAGUGUGUUUGUAUUAACGUAAUUAUCGAAUUAUUGGUGUUGGAGAAAACUUUAGCAAAAAUAUCAAUCACUAAACGAGUGAUAACAUUUUAAUAAUAUUUAACUUCUAUGAAAAACGGUUGUAUGCAUGGUUGAAUACAAACAGUUGAUAAUCAUCUUUGUGUCAUGCCUAAAUAAGGUCCAAAUUGCAAUAAUUCACUUAGCAACUGUACUUGAAGAUUUUCUAC